AUGGCAACCCUUGCACCAGUCAGCACGGCCAUGAGGCAGCCUUUCGGUGUUCUGAAUGAGUCUAAGAUUCGUAGCAUGCAAAGUCUGAAGAACAGACAGAAUGCACUGACUCCCAGCUCUACUUCUCUUAAACGACGUGCUCCAUCUCCCGAAAGUUCAGAUUCCGAAAACGUCGACCCAAAUAUGCUUGAUUCCCUACACAAACGCAAACGAUCAAUGUUCGACGACGACGUUUCCGUUUCAAAACCCCGUUACAGCUUGAACACCAUUUCGUCUGUUCCAAAGCCUUGUCUUGCUACCCGGAAAUUAUCUACUCCACGGUUAAAUACAUUCGUCAAGCCCUCGGUCACUCCAGCCUCUGCUCCAGCAGCAGCCGGUCGAUCACCAACUCGCAAGCGUCAAGGUCUUCUUGAGUCACGGAAGCGCUUCGCUCCCCCAUCUUUUGGCGUAAAGCCUCCUAGCCUGUCAAUGUCUGCAGCUCUCUCUGGUACAUUGGCAAACAGAAAGACCAAAAAAUCCCGGCCAGUAGCUACUAUUGAGGACUCGAAGCCCAAUUCGUGGUUCUUUGAUAUCUACGAGGAAAGUGAGGAGACACAAGACUAUAGGAUGAAUGAAUGGACGAUGACCCAAUCGGCGUAUGGUUUGGAUAUUUCCGACGACGAGAGCAAAUCUGCGGAGCGUCUCGAUCGAGGAAAGGAAAACGUUGACCCCAAUGAGAUUUCCGUCCCUGUCACACGAUCUAUGGCGGCGGCUGCUGCUGCUGCUGCUGCUACUGCCUUAAAUACCAAACCCAUCUCUAGGACCUCGAGGAAAGGUAAAGAUGAUAUGUCUGACGAUGAACCAAGAACUCCUCUUGGCGAUUUGAAUCCUUCCGAAUUUUAUGCUGAAGGGCUUGAUGCUACCUCUGUUGUCCUGGUCCACGACGAUGCUCCUGAGUCGGAGGCAGUUCAUCAAGAAGAUGUGACCCAAGAGUCUGAACCCAAGUCGACACAACAGUUCACCUUUUCGGCGACUUCUACUCUCACGGCCAAAGCUAUUGAAGCUCUCGACGCUCCUUCUAUUGAUCAGAUUCUCAGCGCUCCGACGCUUGAAUGGGAUGGUCUCGUCGAUGACAGUGCAUCUACCGUCGUGGAUCUCGACAUCAAUACCGAGGCAACGUCUCAAGAUGUCGAGAUUUGGGAAAGUGAGAGUGCGAAGGACGAGAAUGAGAAAGUCGAGUUUGGGAUUCUUGCAGAGUCAGAUCAACCACGGACUCCCAUUGACGAUGAGAACGUUUUUGCUCUCCAAGAGUUGUGA